AGCUAUACAGCGGAAUUCAGAUUCAUUUCGGAUUCUAUUGUGAGUUGUGAGUUUGUGACAGGUCUAACUCUUGCCAUUAAAAUCCCUCUAUUAUUGGCUAAGCAUUCGUUAACUGUCCGCAAACCCUACCUUCCAACAUGGCCGGAGAACAGGAGAAUUUCACCGAAGCUACUGCCGUCAGCGAUGACUUAAAAUUCGGGUUCCAGAGGUCUGAAAUGUAUGAGUGUGACCUUGCCGGCACUGUUAAACCGCCCUACGAGCGCCACGUGUUCCUCACCUACCAGUCUCACGACACCUGGCCUUCUAGCGUUGAGGACUCGGACUCUGAUCUGCUUCCUAAGUUGCUUUCUGCUUCCAUCAAAGCUCGCAGGAACGAUAUCAAAGUCAAGACACGGUUGACAAUCUGUGAAGGAGGUGAUGGCAUGCACUUAUCAGAUGGUGAUGUUCUGAUUUUCCCUGAAAUGAUCAAGUACAGGGGUCUGAAGGAGUCUGAAGUGGAUGGUUUUGUUGAAGAUGUGCUUGUCAAUGGCAAGCCAUGGGCUUCUGGGCUGCCUGAGUCACUGCAAGGUGCAUAUGUGUUUGUCUGUGCCCAUAAUAAGCGGGAUAUGAGGUGUGGUGUUUGUGGACCAGUUCUGAUUGAUAAAUUUAAGGAGGAGAUUGAGGCCAUUGUCUUGAAAGAACCAGUUUUUGUAGCAGCUUGUUCACAUAUUGGAGGGCACAAGUAUGCUGGUAAUGUGAUCAUCUUCAGUGAAGUUGAAGGAAAAGUUGCUGGCCAUUGGUAUGGCUAUGUUACCCCAAAUGACGUGCCUGCUUUGCUUGAUCAACAUAUUGGUGAGGGGAAAAUCAUCGAGCGGAUUUGGAGGGGUGAAAUGGGAGCAUGUGCUAAGGAAGGUGACAAGAAAGAUGAGCAACCAGUUCCCAAUGGAACUAAUUUGAGCAAUGCAAAAAACAAACCUCAAGAGACUCAUAGUGAAGAGGGCAAAGGGAGUUUUGUGACCUGUUGCCAAGGUUCUAAUGGAAUAUCCUGUUGCAAAGAUGUGAGUCCUGGGGAAGUAGAGAAAAAGAAGGGGCAUGGAUGUCUUUCGAGUUUGGUGGAGAAAUGGGAGCGGAGGGACACUCUUACUGCUGUUGGGCUGAUCGCUUCGGUUACAGUUGUUGCCUUGGCCUAUGGGUUUUACAAAAGGGCCAGGUGAAAACUUGCUUGUCAGAUUUCAUUUGAGUAAGCUAUCAGCCCAGAUAUUUUUAUUUACCUUACAUGCAACAGUUUCUUAAAUAUAUGUAUGCAUUGAUCUUUGAAUGAAACAAAUAUAGAAAAUGAAGCUGAAACUGGUAAGGCGAUGCCAAUUUAAGUGUUUUUUUUUUUUGGAAAAGGCUGUUGUGUAGUUACCCCUGGCAAUGACGGAUGUCUACAGAGCUUUAUGAUAGUAUUUUAUGUGAAGUUGGAUGUUUAAAACUCUUGUGCUAUAUACUUAUGUGAGUGAGAAUUGUAUUUUUCCCUUUGACUGAAUUUAAAUUCCUUCUCUUAUUUAUUUAAAAGGAACAUAUAAGGUGAUAUGGCCAUGUACCUAAAUCUUUAAUAUGAUAAUAUCUAUUUAAAAUGCUUGUACUUUAGAUAAUCAA